AUGCACCACAGGACACAUGUUUUCACCGCUGACGUCACCACAGCUCCUGACAGUCGGCCCCUGACGUUUCUAUAUGACUCUGACCUGAAGUUUCUAUAUGACUCUGACCUGAAGUGUCUAUAUGACUCUGUCCUGAAGUUUCUAUAUGACUCUGUCCUGAAGUUUCUAUAUGACUCUGACCUGAAGUUUCUAUAUGACUCUGACCUGAAGUUUCUAUAUGACUCUGACCUGAAGUUUCUAUAUGACUCUGAUCUGAAGUUUCUAUAUGACUCUGACCUGAAGUUUCUAUAUGACUCUGUCCUGAAGUUUCUAUAUGACUCUGAUCUGAAGUUUCUAUAUGACUCUGACCUGAAGUUUCUAUAUGACUCUGACCUGAAGUUUCUAUAUGACUCUGACCUGAAGUUUCUAUAUGACUCUGACCUGAAGUUUCUAUAUGACUCUGACCUGAAGUUUCUAUAUGACUCUGACCUGAAGUUUCUAUAUGACUCUGACCUGAAGUUUCUAUAUGACUCUGACCUGAAGUUUCUAUAUGACUCUGACCUGAAGUUUCUUUAUGACUCUGACCUGAAGUUUCUAUAUGACUCUGACCUGAAGUUUCUAUAUGACUCUGACCUGAAGUUUCUAUAUGACUCUGACCUGAAGUUUCUAUAUGACUCUGACCUGAAGUUUCUUUAUGACUCUGACCUGAAGUUUCUAUAUGACUCUGACCUGAAGUUUCUAUAUGACUCUGACCUGAAGUUUCUAUAUGACUCUGACCUGAAGUUUCUAUAUGACUCUGACCUGAAGUUUCUAUAUGACUCUGACCUGAAGUUUCUAUAUGACUCUGACCUGAAGUUUCUAUAUGACUCUGAUCUGAAGUUUCUAUAUGACUCUGACCUGAAGUUUCUAUAUGACUCUGAUCUGAAGUUUCUAUAUGACUCUGUCCUGAAGUUUCUAUAUGACUCUGACCUGAAGUUUCUAUAUGACUCUGACCUGAAGUUUCUAUAUGACUCUGAUCUGAAGUUUCUAUAUGACUCUGACCUGAAGUUUCUUUAUGACUCUGAUCUGAAGUUUCUAUAUGACUCUGUCCUGAAGUUUCUAUAUGACUCUGACCUGAAGUUUCUUUAUGACUCUGUCCUGAAGUUUCUUUAUGACUCUGACCUGAAGUUUCUAUAUGACUCUGACCUGAAGUUUCUAUAUGACUCUGUCCUGAAGUUUCUUUAUGACUCUGACCUGAAGUUUCUUUAUGACUCUGACCUGAAGUUUCUAUAUGACUCUGACCUGAAGUUUCUAUAUGACUCUGACCUGAAGUUUCUAUAUGACUCUGUCCUGAAGUUUCUUUAUGACUCUGACCUGAAGUUUCUAUAUGACUCUGACCUGAAGUUUCUAUAG